AUGAUUGCCAGACUAACUGAGGCUGAGGGAACCAUUCAAAAUCUUAAUGCUAAACUUUCUCAAGUAGAAAGAUCUAGAUCUAAGAUGCAGGCAGAGCUUGAUGAAAUGACAUCUGGUCUUGAUCAAGCCCAGGUCCUGAAUGCUGCCAUGGAAAGAAAAGCUAAACAAUUUGACAAAGUCAUUGGAGAAUGGAAACUUAAAGUUGAUUCUCUGUCUUACGACCUUGAUUGUAGCCAGAAGGAAACCCGCAAUGCUUCCUCUGAUCUCUUCAAGGUCAAAUCUGCCUAUGAAGAGAGCAUGCUCCAGCUUGAUGAAGUGAGAAGAGAGAACAAGACCCUUUCCAAUGAAAUCAAGGACAUCAUGGACCAAAUCAGCGAAGGAGGAAGAUCCAUCCAUGAGAUUGACAAAGUCCGUAAGCGUCUUGAGGCUGAGAAACUUGAGCUCCAAGCUGCUCUAGAGGAAGCUGAAGCCACCCUUGAGCAGGAAGAAAACAAGGUUCUCCGUGCUCAGCUUGAACUUACUCAAGUAAGACAAGAGAUUGAGCGCCGUCUUGCUGAGAAGGAUGAAGAGUUUAUGGCUAUCAAGAAGAACCAGUCAAAGGCUCUUGAAUCUAUGCAAGCUGCCCUUGAAACUGAAUCCAAGGGAAAAGCUGAGGCUCUCAGGAUGAAGAAGAAGCUUGAGUCUGAUGUUACUGAUCUUGAGCUUGCCCUGGAGCAUGCCAAUGCUGGAGCCAUGGAAACACAGUCAACCAUCAAAAAGUACCAAAACCAGGUCCGUGAUGCUCAGUGCAAGGUUGAUGAGGAAUCCCACAUGAAAGCUAUUGCUCAAGAUAAUAAGGUCAAUGCUGAAAGAAAGGCAUGA